UAGGUUACCUGGUGAUCUUUCUUUCCGAUACGGUGGUACGCCCGUUUUCCUUCAAGCCUGUUGCACAUGUUGCUCGGCAUUUUAUCGCGGAUCUCUUGUUUGCCCGUGUUUGAUGUCUUUCUCGCCUAUCUACGAAACAACGCGCUCCCUGGCCACCUUAGCCUAUAUGGCAGUGAUGGGACCACAUCAGAAAAAGCGUCCACCAAACAAGCCAAUGGAUCACAAACCUUUUAUGAAAGCAAUUGUUUUGAAGACGCUGAUUCGCAAACCCAAGAAACCCAACAGCGCAAAUCGAAAAUGUGUGCGCGUGCGGCUUAGUAACGGGCGUGAAGUGGUUGCCCACGUGCCCGGAGAGGGACAUAAUUUACAAGAGCAUAAUGUUGUUCUUGUCCGAGGCGGUCGUACUCAAGAUUUGAUCGGGGUCAAACACAAAGUCGUUCGGGGAAAGUUAGAUUGUGCACCAGUUCAGAAACCUUCUCCCAAUGUCAAGUGA